AUGACUCAAAAGCAGCACAGAGAGCUAUGCAGCUUUCUUGUCAGAUGCGAACAAGCAUACAACUUGGUGCAUGAUUUCCUCAAUGAUACUUUACCCCAUGGCAUGAUAUCUGCUAGAGCAAGAGGCUACACUUAUCGUCCGCAACGUCGUCUGAUAGUUAAAGAGAAAGUGAAGAAAUCAUUAGAGGUGCUUGAAGCUUGCAUCGAAAGACAUAAUAUCGAAGAGAUAGCUAUCUCCUACAACGGAGGAAAGGACUGCUUGGUCAUGCUCAUUUUGCUAUUAGCAACAAUACAUAAGCGCUUUCUGUCUGAAACAUUCACAAAUCCAUCACUCAACUUACUACCUAAAGAUUAUAGACUUGACUCCAUAUACAUUAACUCCGAAGAACCAUUUCCCGAGGUUCUGAAGUUCAUCAUAGACUCCACGGAAUAUUAUAGCCUUAACCCUAUCACCAUAAAGUCAACUUUGAAGGAGGGCUUCCAAACCUACUUAGAUGAAAAUCCUAAAAUCAAAACUAUCGUUGUUGGCAUAAGAUAUGCCGAUCCAUAUGGUUCCAUGCUUCAAUACGAGCAAACGACAGAUGAUGGAUGGCCAAAGUUUCUUCGCAUACAUCCCAUUUUACAUUGGCAUUAUGUUGACAUUUGGGACUUCAUCAUAGGUUGCGAUUUGGACUACUGUCCGCUCUAUGACAAAGGUUACACCUCGAUUGGUGGCGUUGACACUACGACUCCCAACGAAUUCCUCAAAAUAGGGAACAAAUUUUUGCCAGCAUACAUGCUUGAAGAGUAUGCUGACGAGCGAGAACGCUUAGGGCGCAAUAGUAAGCAAAGAAAGUAG